AGCGAUCUCCUAUAACCCAGUGAUGAAGAAGGAAUUGGAGGUGGGAACCAUGCCAGACUGCUCAGUACUGACCCUCUUCCAGGAGAUCGCCUCUGACACCCUCCAAGGACCUCUAGCUAACUUUCUGAGCCAGGCACACAAGUGUAGACAGGGAGCCAUAGCUCUGGAGGAGGGUUUAGAAUCUGAUCUCCAGGUUUUGUGCAGAAUCCGGAAGAGUGUGCGAUCUAUCUAUACAGCAGGUCUCUCUUUUGUGAACGCUCAGGAGAGCUAUGUGGAAGACUUGCAGUCCCUGGGCUCAAACCAGCUGUCAUCAAGCAACCAUGAACUGACCACCGGAUUUCUGAACUUGUCUGUUCUUUCCAGGGAGCUCUGUGCCCUCUUCAGCAACAUGAUACAGAACCUCAACAGCAUCCUUUCAUUUCCUUUGGACUCAUUAUUGCGAGUAGAUUCAAAAGAUGGCCGAAUGGAACUGAGGAAACAGGCAGACAAGAGCUGGAAGGAAUGUGAGAUAAGAGCGACAAAAAAAGCUCGCUCAGGGGGGUCUCGGGCAGAAUUAGACAACACGGAGGACGUUGAAAGGGAAAGAAAACUGUUUCAGCUUAACUCGUGUGAGUAUCUUCUAAAACUAGGAGAGCUGCAAAUGAAACAAGGUCCUGAUUUCUUAGAGUGUCUUAUCAAAGCUUUCCAUGCACAGAGAAACUUUUUUCAGGAUGGAUUAAAUGCUUCACAGAGUCUCCUUCCUUUCAUUGAAAAGAUAUCUUCUUCUUUGCAUACUAUUCACCAGACUCAGGAUGAAGAGCUGAAACAACUUUCAGAAGCUCGAGAAAAUCUUCAAAAACAACUACAAUUAGAAACAAAAGAGGAUGGAAUAAAUAGAAAAGAUUCUGGAUACAACUUGCACCAACAGCAAGGUGACAAACAGCAUGGAACAGAAAAGUCUGGUUUUCUAUACAAGAAGAGUGAAGGCAUACGGAAAGUUUGGCAGAAAAGAAAAUGUGGUGUAAAGUAUGGGUAUCUCACAAUAUCUCACAGUACGAUUAACCGGCCUCCAGCGAAAAUUAAGUUACUAACUUGCCAGGUGCGGCCAAAUCCAGAAGACAAGCGCAGCUUCUAUUUAAUCACACAUAACAGAACUUAUCACUUUCAAGCUGAGGAUGAAUCUGAGGCAUUUGUGUGGAUAUCUGUACUGCAGAAUAGUAAAGAUGAGUCACUGAAUGCAGCCUUUGGUGGGGAUGGAAACUUGAGUGACAGCUCCCAUCAACUAACAAAGCAGAUCAUUAAUGAGAUCAGGUCCUUACCUGGGAACCAAGUGUGCUGUGACUGCGGAGCCCCUGAUCCCUCCUGGGUUUCUACAAACCUAGGUGUUGUCAUCUGCAUCGAGUGUUCUGGGAUUCAUCGUGAUCUAGGGGUGCGCCACUCACGAGUCCAGUCUUUAACUCUGGAUUUGCUGAGCACAUGUGAAUUGUUGCUUGCCGUUUCAGUUGGGAAUGCCAAACUGAAUGAAGUUUUUGAAGCUGUACUUCCUACUCCAAAUCCAAAGCCUACACCCAGCAGCGAUAUGAAUGCCAGGAAGGAUUAUAUCACUGCUAAGUAUGUGGAGCAUAGGUUUGUGAACAGACAUAAGAGCAGCAGUCUUCAUGGAAUCAGAGAUGCUCUUCAGAGGCAUGACCUGAUGGCACUACUGCAGUGCAUGGCGAAUGGGACAGAUCUAAGCAAACCACUCAAUCAGGAUCUCUGCGAGACUCCACUUCACCUAGCUGUUUCUCUGUGUGAGAGGAACUGCCUCCCGCUGGUGGAUUUCCUGAUCCAGAAUGGGGGAGCCUUGGAAAAAGUAACAGCAGAUGGACAGACAGCUCUGCACUAUGGGGUCAGAUAUAACAAACCAGAUUGUAUACGACUUCUCCUGAGAGCCAAGGCAUCUGUGAAUACUGUGAAUCAUGCAGGAUUAACACCUUUGAUGCUAGCUCAGAACCUUAAGCAUUUUGAAUGUGAAGAACUGCUGGAAAAGGCUGGAGAAGGGAAUUUUAAUGCUGAACUGGAUUUUGAUUGGUUCCAUCAAGAGGAGGAAAUAAGCUAUAGCGAUGAAGACGAAGCAGAAAAGCUGAGCCCAUUAUCCCAGAAUCCUUUGUUGCAAUCUUCGAUUAGACCUUAUUCCAGGCAGAGCUCACUGGGACUGGACAUCAGUAACAGGACUUAUGAGACUUUUGUUAUGCCUGCAAGAGCUCCACCAAAUCAGAGAUCGCAUAGUAUGGAGAAUCCUCCACCUUUACCUGCUAAGAGCCACAGCCGAAAAGGCCAUGAAUUGUCUUCCCCUCUAACUGGCAGUUUGGAGAGACCACUCAGCACUUCCUCUUACUCCCCAACUAGAGAGGACUGGGAGGGAGUUUCUGAUGCAGGACUACAGAGACGAGCAUCUGAACCUACUCGCUAUAAUGCUGAAAAUAGUCAUAGUCAUGGACAAUUUAGCACGGAUGGAGUGAAGUCCUACAGGAGGGUGAGAUGCUCCCAAAAUAUGGAAAGUCCAGCACAAGGUGGAAUUUCCAGAGGGAGAUUUAAUCGUGAUGAUAAUCAGCAGCCUUCUGCAUCUCCACAGUGAUAACAUGGGACUGUCUACUGUCUAGAGAACAGUAUACAUCAUUAUUGGUUGAAUAUUUCCACCAUCAUUUAUUUAUAUAGUGCCUCCACAGGGCACAGUUUGC